AUGGUAGCAGGGUGGGAACCUGUCACCGCCGUGGUCAUCUGCCCUCCUCUGGCCCGUCGGUGUCAGCUGAUCAGAAUCUCUCUGCAUUUCAAUUUACCGAGGGAACCUGGCUUCAGGGCGACCCCCAGCUUGUUAAAGUGCCUGACUGCACUCGACUUUUCAGCCUGCGGUGACCUGGCGCAUGUUCACCUGCCCGACUUCAUCUCUCAGCGAUCACCCCAUGCUCUCUGCUCUCCAGCGACUGGCCUUGGUGCCUCUCACGUGCCAGGAAGCACCGCGGCCUGGGCUGCUGCCAUGAUUCCUGGGUUGCUGCAGGGCUCCAUCGGCGCCAUCUGCUCUCGGGCUGCCUCGUCGAGAGUAACCCCUCAGUCCGUGCGCCACCUCUCUCUAACCAGCGUAAUGAAAUCCAAAAAGAAAACUGAUCACUUGGAGAGAACUGCAAGUUUCGUUCGCCGGGAGGUUGUGUCGACCGCUAAGGUGUGUGGAGCUGCAGAUGAAUCGCCCUCAGUGAAGCUACUCCGCCUGCUUGUUGCUGAAAAAGAUUUUUCCUUUAAAGCUGGCCAGUGGGUUGAUUUCUUUAUCCCGGGCGUCUCUGUGGUUGGUGGGUUCUCAAUAUGCUCCAGUCCCAGGAUGCUAGAACAAGAGAGAACCCUAGAACUGGCAGUGAAAUACACGCACCACCCUCCUGCCCUCUGGAUACACAAUCAGUGCACGCUGGACUCUGAAGUGGCCCUGAGAGUGGGUGGGGAGUUCUUCUAUGACCCUCAGCCCACCGACGCCUCCCGAAACCUUGUGCUGAUUGCCGGAGGAGUGGGGAUUAACCCCCUGCUCUCCAUCCUGCGGCACGCAGCGGACCUCCACCGCGAGGAGCAGACAAACAAAGGAAGUGGCCGCGAGACAGGAACAAUAAAGCUCUUCUACAGUGCCAGGAACACCAGCGAGCUGCUAUUUAAGAAGAAUAUUCUCGAUUUAGUCAAUGAAUUUCCUGAGAAGAUUGCAUGCAGUUUGCACGUUACAAAACAGACGACACAAAUCAGUGCAGAACUCAAGCCAUACAUCACGGAAGGAAGAAUAACUGAGAAGGAGAUAAGAGAUCAUAUUUCAGAAGAGACCUUGUUCUACAUAUGUGGCCCACCUCCGAUGACCGACUUUUUCUCCAAGCAACUAGAAGACAGCUGUGUUCCGAAAGAACACGUUUGCUUUGAGAAGUGGUGGUAGGCAGACAGGGAGAGCGGCACGGUCCACCCGGGACGGUCAGGUCCUGGAGUCCAUUCCUUGUCUCCGUCAGUUGUCUUACUUCCUCAAGACCGAGCAGCCAGUGACCGGAUGGACAAGAGAAGAAACAGCUAUCUCUGACAGACUUAAAGAUCAACUUUUUGCAAAGGCUUCAUUGAUUAAACUAUUUUUUUAACCAUAUUGACUUUCUUUUAUUAAUAGCUUUCAUUAUCUCCUGAUGCAUCAUGAACUGGUCAGUGUAGAUUUUUCUUUUGCCUAUGGGGCUGGAGGGGAAUCAUAUAUUUCCAUUUAAUCACGUGAAACUGUGGUUUGUGGGUGAAAUGCAGGCUAUCUUUAAAUUAUUUGACAGCAGCUCAUGUCGUAUGUUCAAUAAACAUAUUUCAAACACA